AUGUGUCUUUACGCUUCCCUGACAGUCUUAUUGGUGGCUGCUGCCAGAGCAGAACCAACAGACCUUACUCAAUAUGUCUUGACCAAUACUGGGCAGACAAAUGGAGGGAACACCUUUGCAGGAGUCACCCUACCCUUUGGUAUGGUGAAGCUAGGUCCUGACAUGUUUUUUGGAGCGGAUUCCUACUCUGGAGAUGUCAAUGUCGGCAAUUUCACGGGAUUCUCCAUGAUGCACGAGAGUGGCACUGGUGGAGCUCCAAAGUAUGGAGUAGUCAGUCAAAUGCCUGCCCUGGGAAAUAUCACCAAUCCUCUGGCAAAUUUGAAUGAUACCAGAGCUUCUCCGGAUAUUGCCUCUGUCGGGUACUACAAAGCCUCCCUCGGGUCUAGGAUUACGGUCGAACUCGGUGCGACAAGUCGAGCAGGAUUUUACCAGUAUACUUUCCCAGCAGGAAAUCAGUCAAACGUUGUAGUGGACAUCUCCCAUGUUCUUCCUUCAUAUCGUGGUCAAGGCCUAUCACAGCACUAUCUUGGAGGAAAUAUCACCACUUCCAGUGACCACUACGAAGGACAUGCAGAUUACGACAAUGGAUGGAAUCGAGCACCCGACUGGAGAAUUUUUUUCUGCGCAUUUUUCGAGUCCAAUACCUCUGCGACUGUUAAUACAUUUAUCGGACAGAACGAUAACACUAGCAAGCUGGCUGAUUAUAGCACUGCUUCAAAUAUCAACUCCACUGCUCGUCUGGGGGCUGUUUUUUAUUUUGGCAAUGCAACCAGCGUUACUUCCAGAGUUGGAAUCUCCUUUAUAUCCACUGCCCAGGCAUGUGACAAUGUCAAUACACAGAUACCAGCUGGAACAACACUCUCAACUUUGACCAGGAACGCAAAGCAAGUCUGGAACGGCGAGGUGCUGUCCAAAGUAACAACAGCUGAAUCCAAUCUGAGCAACCUGCAAUUACUGUACAGUUCGAUGUACCACAUGCAUCUCCUACCUUCAAACAGAACAGGGGAAAACCCUCUCUGGACCUCCACUGAACCCUAUUAUGAUGACGUCUAUACGUCCUGGGAUCUUUUUAGAUGCACUUUUGCACUACUGCAGGUCUUCCAGCCAAGGAUGUAUGAAGAGCUAUACGCCGAUGCUCGGUCGUCCAAUUUCAAUGGCGCCAGUCAGGGUGGCUCGAAUUCGGAUAACAUCUUGGCUGACGCCUACAUUAAAGGAGUUCGUGGAGCUGUGAACUGGAAUGAUGGAUACAAGGCAAUGCAAAAGAAUGCAGAAGUGACUCCACCAAACAAUAACGACCCUCGUGAUCUAUCUUCUUCGACUAAAGAGGGGCGAGGAGCACUCCCAGAUUGGCUUGAACUUGGAUACAUAACUCCAAGAUACGGUCGCGCUGUUACUCGAGCCGUUGAGUAUUCCGUCAAUGACUUCUCGCUCUCCCAGGUUGCAGCCGGGCUUGGAAAAAGUCCCGACGUCAGGAAGUACAUUGAUCGAUCUCGGAAUUGGCGAAACCAUUGGAGCCCGGAGGCGACCUCUCUCAACUUCUUCGGCUUCAUUGUUCCUCGCAGCAGAGAUGGAUUUAUUGAGCAAGAUCCCCUGCAAUGCGGCGGUUGUUAUUGGGGUGAUGCAUAUUAUGAAGGUUUACCUUGGAAAUAUAGCUUCAACACCCAUCACGACAUCAACACCCUGAUUGCACUUUCCGGUGGACCAGAGACCUUCGUCAAACGCCUAGAUAUGAUGUUUACGCCCAAUAUCACUAGCCGCAAUGCCGCAUUCAACAGCACAAUCUUCAAUCCUGGAAACGAGCCCAGUUUCGCAACCCCAUAUCUGUACAAUUAUGUUGGUCGCCAAGAUCUCAGCGUCAAGCAAAGCCGAAACAUUGCAAAAAGUUACUACAGCCCUACUCCGGGGGGUCUGCCCGGAAACAGCGACGCAGGAGCAAUGGAAUCCUGGCUCCUCUGGAACAUGCUUGGACUUUACCCAAUGGUCGGCCAAACAACGUUUCUCAUCGGCUCACCCUGGUUCGCCAACACUUCCAUCUCCCUUGGAGGCGGCAAAUCCCUCACUAUGACCACGACUGGCGGUUCCAAUGACUCGUACUACGUACAAACUCUCCACGUAAACGGAAAACCGUGGACGCAGUCGUGGGUUACAUGGGACCAGAUAUUCGCCAAGGGUGGAACGAUGGACUUCGUGUUAGGGCACGAGCCGAAGAAUUGGACGACGGGGCCACCACCCCCGAGUCCGGCGAGUGAGCAUAGCCAGUAUACGAAUUCAAGCAUUAUUGUUAGGCCAGGAGAGGUCCCAAUGGCGCCUAGUGCUGCAGUGCUGUCAAAGGAGGCGCACAGGAGCAAACUCUUGAGAGAUGUGGCAUUGGGGGUUAUGGGGUUUGUGGUUUUGGGGUUAUUGGUUUUGGCGGGGUGGUUGUGGUGGUAUUGGCAAGAGACGGGCCAAGAGAAAGCAUUUACUAGGCUCGGCAAGCUUGUUACCGUGAGAGGAAGCUCGCAGAUCAUGGUCAGAGGAGCUCAAGACCAGCUCACGCACCUCUUCAAGAAGAGGUCGAUAUCGACGAAAGAGGCAGGCCGACCAAAGAGUGUGGACGACAGUAUCGGUGGCGAGACAAUCAUUGAAAACGAUGGCGAAAUACAAAUCAGCAAGAAGAAAGAGCUAAGAGUAUUGGUUCUUGAAGCUUAUGAUCAAGAGCCUGAACCCGCUGAGCCUUGGACACCGAGGGGUACGAAUCGACGAAUUCAUGAUAUAGCUGAGGAAAGGACGGAGUCAUGAGGUGCGAAUUUAGAUAAAAAACUUGUUAGUUAGUGAGUAGAUAAUGAUAGAUAGAUGAAGUAUG